CUCCGGGGGAGCCGCGCCGGGGGAGCCCGGGGAUGCUGCGGGGCCGCGGGCCGCGCCGGUAGCGCGCUGGGCCGGGCGGAGCCAGGCAUGCAGGGCAAGGCCAAGCUGCUGCUGGUCCACAACGGCCGCAUGGGCCCGGCUGUGUCAGAUGGAGAAUUAAACGCCUCCAGGGCCCGUGGCAGCAACCACAGUGUGAACAGCCUGCCCGGCCCGCCGGGCCCCUGCGGCUCCGCACCCGGCUCCGUGGUCAGCUGGGCCGAGUCCUUCGAGACACUGCUGCAGGACCGCGUGGCAGUCACCUACUUCACCGAGUUCCUCAAGAAGGAGUUCAGCGCUGAAAACGUCUACUUCUGGCAGGCGUGCGAGCGCUUCCAGCAGAUCCCAGCCAGCGACACGCAGCAGCUGGCCCGGGAGGCACGGUGGAUCUACGAUGAGUUCCUCUCCAGCCACUCAGUGAGUCCCGUGAACAUCGACAAGCAGGCCUGGAUCGGGGAGGACAUGCUGGCCACCCCCUCCCCAGACAUGUUUCGCAUCCAGCAGCUCCAGAUCUUCAACUUGAUGAAGUUUGACAGCUACACACGCUUUGUGAAAUCCCCGCUCUACCAGGCCUGCCUGCGAGCAGAGAGCCAGGGGCAGCCCCUGCCCGACCUGCGGCCCCACUCCCGCAGCAGCAGCCCCCCACCCGACCUCAGCAAGAAGUCAAAGCUGAAGCUGGGCAAGUCGCUGCCACUGGGUGUGGAGACGGCAGGCAGCGGUGCCAACCGCAGCCCCCGCCGGUCCUUCAGGAAGGGAGAGCGGCGGGAGCCCUCCUGGGCAGAUGGGGGAGAAGGCGGUGGGAGUGCCAUACUGUGGCGGGAGUCCCAGGGCUCGCUCAACUCCUCGGCCAGCCUGGACCUGGGCUUCCUGUCCUCUGCCAGCACGACCGCCAGCCCCUGGACAGAGGGCCAUCGGAAGAGCCUGGGGGGCAGUGAGGCAGAGCUGCCAGCCAAGCCCAUGAAGUACUGCUGCGUGUACCUGCCCGAUGGCACAGCCUCCCUGGCCUCCAUCCGGCCAGGCCACUCCAUCCGUGACAUGCUGGCGGGGAUCUGCGAGAAGCGCGGCUUCAGCCUCCCCGACAUCAAGGUCUACCUGGUGGGGAACGAGCAGAAAGCGCUGGUGCUGGACCAGGAGUGCUCCGUGUUGGCAGACCAGGAGGUGAAGCUGGAGAACAGGAUAAGCUUUGAUCUGGAAAUCUCCUCCCUCAACAAGACCAUCCGCAUCACAGCAAAGUCGACCAAGCGCAUCCGGGAAGCGCUGCAGCCCGUGCUGGGGAAGUACGGCGUGAGCACAGCGCGGGCGCUGCUGCGGCGGCAAGGUGAGCCAGCUGCCCUGGACCUGGAGAAGCUGGUCAGCACUGUGGCUGCUCAGAAGCUCAUCCUGGAAAUGCCAGGAGACACACGAGUGAUGGAGAACGCUGAGGCUGCAGCUGCCCCCUCCCCGCUCCGGAGUGAGCAGGAGGGAAGCCCAACAGGAGCAGGGCCCGACAUGUUCUGGGAGAUGCCCUCCUCCUUCUCCCGGCCCCAGACUUCGGCUUCCACCAACCUGAACCGCCGCACAUAUGAUCUGGAAGGGCUAGUGGAGCUGCUGAGCCGUGCCCAGAGCUGCCGGGCCAACGACCAGCGUGGGCUGCUCUCCAAGGAGGACCUGGUCCUGCCUGACUUCCUCCAGCUCCCUGGGCAGGACGACAGUGCCCGCGAGGGGUCAGAUCAGCCCCGCACCCCUCAGCCAGGCUCGGAGCGAGACGGCCGCCCUCAGCCCGCAGAGCCUGCACCGGCUCAGCCUCCGGUUGACCGCGAGCUCCGGUGAGCCCCGCUGCACGUCCACGCCCGGCACACGGUACCCCCAGGGUCCAACACGGGGCCCCACCGGCCCCUGCCCUGCACCGACACCGCCCGGACCGCAGAUUCAUCCACGUCCUGUCCCAAACUGUCGUGUCGUGUCGCUGUGAGUGGUUGAGCAGCUGCUGUGCCCCUCAGUGGGGUCAUAUCCCGGUGCACAUCAAGGGGGUCUUGUACAUAGUUUGAACCCUUGUUGGAAAGCACUUUGCAAUGUCCCACACAUGCCUGGCACUGUCCUGGCUGGUGCCUCUGCCUGUGGCAGAGCUGCCCACCCACCAAAUCAUACCUGUGUUGGGUUGGCAUGGCUCCACUGACUGUUUAGGUGGGGAAAGCACCCUUCCAACCAAAGGGCACAAGAUAGAGAGGGUGGGUGGGGUGGCAAGGCAGGCUCCAGCCCCAAGCCCCGGUGCUGAGGGCAGGCAGGGUCAGAACGCGUGUCCAGAGCUGAGGGUCAGAUCCAGUCCUUGACCUCACAGGAAAAGAGCUUCCCAGGAGGGUGAGCGUGGCCUUGCCAGCCUGUGCCCUACCAGGUUGUCACCAUCUGUGUCACAUGAGCGUGGCUGGGCCUGAUGCCGCCACUAUAGCUCUGCUGGUGUGGAGCAGGCACCUGGUUCCUGCCUGAGCAGAGACAGAGCCAGCAGGUCGUGCCAAAGAAGCCUUCCUCCUCCUCGCAGGAGAGCCUGCAUGGGCGGCUGCUGAAACAGGAGCAGAUGUAGGUGUAGAUGUAGGCAUGUAGAUGCCCUGCCCCAUCCUGGCUGGGGCUGCAGAUGCUGGGGCUGCGGGACAGGCCUGCCUGUUGCUGAGCACCUCAGCCUGGUGUGUAGGUACCCAGCGUGUGCCUGGCCUGGCAUCCCUGACAGCGGCUGGCCUGGGCUGUAACCCUGAGCUGUGCCCUGUAGGUCCCCAUCCCCAGCAGCCCCAUGUCUCCAGGGGUCCCAGUUUGCAAUGGAGACAGCCCUCAGCCAGCAGCCAGCUGAUCCCUCCAUCGUACAUGCGUGCUGGGGCUGGGGCCCUUCCUGGCUGUGCCCUGCAUCACCACUCCAUCACCACUGCCCAGACAGAGGCAGAGGGAUGGCCCAGGGCAGCCCAGGGGCUCACACAGGGAUGAGGUCAUGGCCACCCAGCCCCAAGCUGCCGUGGACAGCUGCGGCCCUGUUCAGAGCCCUCCCGUGUCUCCAUGGUGCUGCUCAGUCCCGUCUGUGGUGUGAAACCAGGGGAAAUAAAGAGCGUUGCCUGAC